GAAGUGGAAACUCUCACUCAGGCUCUUCCAAGUAUCAUCCCCGUGAAUGCGACACCUCAUCUCUCCAGGCUCCAUAUGUUGAAGCUAUACUUCUUCCUCAGUUUGAUGUGUUUGGUGAGAUCAGACACAGAUGAGACAUGCCCUUCGUUCACCAAGCUGAGUUUCCACAGUGCUGUGGUUGGCACAGGACUAAAUGUGAAGUUAAUGCUCUACACAAAGAAAAACCUGAGCUGUGCACAAGUCAUCAAUUCCACAGCUUUUGGGAACUUGAAUGUAACCAAGAAAACUACCUUCAUUGUCCAUGGAUUCAGGCCAACAGGCUCUCCUCCAGUGUGGAUGGAGGACUUAGUACAGGGUUUGCUCCUUGUAGAAGACAUGAACGUGGUUGUUGUUGAUUGGAAUCGAGGAGCUACAACUGUAAUAUACACACACGCCUCUAGUAGGACCAGAAAAGUAGCUCUCAUCUUGAAGGAAUUUAUCGACAAGAUGUUGGUGGAAGGAGGUUCUCUUGACAACAUUUAUAUGAUUGGAGUAAGUCUGGGAGCCCACAUAUCUGGAUUUGUUGGAGAAAUGUAUGACGGGCAGCUGGGGAGAAUUACAGGUCUGGACCCUGCGGGCCCUUUAUUCAAUGGGAGACCUCCUCAGGACAGAUUAGACCCCAGCGAUGCGAAGUUCGUGGACGUCAUCCACUCUGACAUUGAUGCCCUGGGCUAUAAGGAGCCAUUAGGAAACAUAGAUUUCUACCCAAAUGGAGGAUUGGAUCAACCUGGCUGUCCCAAAACAAUAUUUGGAGGCGUUCAGUAUUUCAAGUGUGACCACCAGAGGUCCGUGUACCUGUACCUUGCCUCACUGAAAAAGAGCUGUGCCAUCACCGCCUACCCUUGUGACUCCUAUAGGAAUUACAGGAACGGCAAGUGUGUCAGCUGUGGCACACCACAAAAGGUGUCCUGUCCCCUGCUGGGCUAUUAUGCUGAUAACUGGAAAGACUACUUGAGGGAGAAAGAUCCUCCAAUGACUAUGGCCUUCUUUGACACCGCUGAGAAGGAGCCGUUCUGCAUUUAUCAUUAUUUUGUGGACAUUUUAUCCUGGAACAAGAACAUAAGAAGGGGGUCCAUUACAAUCAAACUGACAGACCAAGAUGGAAACACCACAGAAUCCAAAAUCAACCAUGAACCAGCUACAUUUCAGAAAUAUCAGCAAGUGAGUCUGCUGGCAAGAUUUAAUCAAGAUCUGGAUAAAGUGGCAGCUGUGUCCUUGGUGUUUUCUACAGGGUCUGUGAUAGGCCCGAAGUACAAGCUCAGGAUCCUCCGGAUGAAACUCAGGUCCCUUGUCCAUCCAGAGAGGGCCCAGUUGUGUCGGUAUGAUCUUGUCCUGAUGGAAAAUGUUGAGACAGUCUUCCAACCUAUUCUGUGCCCAAAGCUGCAGAUGUAGCCACUGGCAGCAUUCAGAGGCAGCGGCAAUGUCAAGCAAACAGCAUCUCCAGCCUCUAAAAGCUUCACACGGCCUCUUCUGCAAGGCUCAAAAAGUACAGAGAAACCUGAGGUUAUUUUCAGCAGUGUCCUACUAAUGUCACGUUGCAAAAUGUCAACCGACCUGUGGUUCUGGAAUGAUCCUGGGGAGGGAGCUCCUAACUAGGGCAAGACAGAAAUAACCUGGCUCACACAGCCCAGAGCUUUGUCUGGCUGCAUCCCGGGGCCCUGUUGGUUUGUUCCGAUCUGUCAAAUCUGCUGCCCAUCAUGAGGGGCAUUUCUGUCCCUCAGAAGUGGGGACAGGCAUCUUUAAGGGAAGGAUGAUGAGCUGGAGACAUCAUGGACUGUACAUUUUUCUUUGUCAGAUUCUCUACUGUCCCAGCUGACUGGCAGAGAGGGAGAAACUGACCUCAUGAGGCUACUGUGUAGGUUUGGAGGCAAGUCCUUUGAAAUCCCAUGGGUCCACAUCUGUAAGGUGUGUGAUGGAUGUGAAUGUGCUUUUAUU